AUGUCUACUGAAUCGUAUUAUCCAUCGUACACUUUGGCAGGAUUCUGGUUAGCGUAUCCACCAUUAACAUUUCUUAUGGAUGCUAACGAAAAAUUUGGUCUGUUCUAUGCAUUCGUCUUACUUGUUCUUCAAACUUUUUGUGCUCUCAAACAUGUAUCAAGCACAGUAGAACAAGAAGAGAAUGGUCCGAAAUUGACAAGAAAGCAGCGCAUCAAAAUUUUGAAAGCUGAAUUAAUUACUUUGUUAACAUGUCUAAUGUUACAACACUGUGUUGCUUCACAGAUUGCUGAGUUUUCUCGUCGUUCUCCUGAACAUUAUUCUGAACAUCCGUUUUAUUGGGUAAGUGCGAUGAAAAAAAAAACGAACAUUUCAACAAACAUUUUCUUCAAUUUUUUGCAGAAGAACAUAACCGAACGAAUGUACUUUGUCUUCUACUACCAUAUCAUCAAAGGAAUUCUUAUUGUAUUCAUGGAUCCAUCUAGCUUUGUGGACACUUGCAAUGAAUCCGAAAUGGUGAUCAUCAAAACUUGGACCGGUAGAAAGUAUAGAGGUCAUCCUAAACGGCAAUGGUUGUCAAUAUUAAUAAUUGAGUUCGAGAAUUUAGAAGAAUGUGUGGAAGGAAAAGUGUGGGAAAAAUCGAAAAGACAUGUUCUUCUCGCCGUGCAUCAAACGUUAUGGAAUCAACAGCGUCAGUUACAAAACAUGGGGGGGGGGGGGAUCUAUCUUGGUUUCUCUAUUGGAUUUUUCUGGAAAAUUCAAAUGUGGAGAUUAUCUCUUCCAUUUUAUUAUCGUCUUCCGAGAGUUAGGCAUCGGGAUCUCUCCGCAACGGCAGAUAUACAGCAAACAGUACUGGGGGCUCACGGGAAGCUCGUGCUCCUGUCGGCUCUCGGGCGGCCUAUGCCGCCGGGAGCACAUCCCCCACCUCCCACUUAUCGCAUGUGCAUUCUUGAGCUUCAGAGCGCCCCCAUCAACCACCUCUUACUGAUUUUCCGCGCGCGCGCGGGGGCAAUUAUUUCCACCACAUUUUUUCUUGUUUUCUGA